AUGCCGUCCGCACGUGCAGAGCGGGAUGCUAGUCCUCAGCUGCCCGACUGGGUCCAAGCCGCAAUGGGGCAGGAGAAACUAGUUCAGCCUUGGAAGCAGCAUGCCGGUGCCAGUGAGCGCGACGAUCCCGACUUCGCUCAGUCACGCGACACCGUCACCUUCUACGACGACAAGAUCAAAGUCUGUUACGGCGAGGGCUCCAUGGCCGCUUAG